AUGCUUUGCAGGAUCACCGUCAUUGAGAAAGAGAAUGUCGCUCCGACGCCACUGCCCACCCAAAAGCGUGCUCGCAUGUAUGGUGGCACCCCUAUCACCGCCGACCGAUUGAUGAAGCCUUUCAAAUGCCCUGGAUCAGCAACACCUACAAGAGCCUCGGAGAAACCAACUCGCAAGCGACGAAAGGUCAAUUACUCUGGUGCCGAUGGCGAAGCAGAUGAUGCCGACAAGCCCUACAGCAACGAGGACCGACUUGCCCUUGCAACUCGAGAUGUGAACCGUUUUCCCGUAUUCAAACCUAAAGACAAAGACCAGUCGAUGCGAGCACGCUUCUCGGUGCCCUUCCUUAACAAAGAUCCCGCCGCAUACAAUUCGUCUCGCCCGCCACCUCUCCUUGGUCUACGACAGGGUGCAGUCUUCGUUGCCAAACCACUUCACGAUCCCAGCGGGGAGUUUGCCAUCGUUCUCUACGAUCCCACAGUCGACGACAAACCUGUAAAAGUGACAGAAGAUGGGUCUGAGGCAAAACCAGAAGAGCCCAAGGAGAAGGUUGACGAACCGAUCAUGCACAAGAGUUUGGCGGAAAUCCUAGGCUUGAAGAAAAAGGUUGUCGAAGAGCGUCCUCGCGUACCUGUUGUCAUCGACCCAAGACUGGCCAAAGUGUUACGUCCUCAUCAAGUUGAGGGUGUCAAGUUCUUAUAUCGUGCUACUACUGGACUCAUCGACGAGAAGGCUCAAGGAUGCAUCAUGGCUGACGAGAUGGGGCUCGGCAAAACGUUACAAUGUAUCGCCCUCAUGUGGACUCUUUUGAAGCAAUCGCCAGAUGCUGGCAAGCCGACAAUCAACAAGGCCAUUAUCGUUUGUCCCUCGAGUUUGGUCCGCAACUGGGCCAACGAGUUGGUCAAAUGGUUGGGCAAAGAUGCCAUCAACCCUUUUGCUAUCGAUGGCAAAGCUACCAAGGAAGAGCUAAUACAGCAAAUUCGUCAAUGGUCGAUUGCUUCAGGUCGCGCCAUCAUCCGUCCUGUCAUCAUUGUAUCUUACGACACACUGCGACUCUACGUGGACGAGUUUAGAGAAACGCCCAUUGGACUCUUGCUCUGUGACGAAGGCCACAAGUUGAAGAAUGCCGACAGUCAGACUUUCAUGGCUUUGAAUGGACUCAACGUACAGAAGCGCGUCAUCUUGUCCGGCACGCCCAUUCAGAACGAUCUCACUGAAUACUUCUCGCUGCUCAACUUUGCAAAUCCCAAUUACCUUGGUACGAGAAUGGACUUCCGAAAGAAGUUCGAACUUCCCAUUUUGCGUGGUCGCGAUGCAGGUGGUUCUGACGCCGACCGCAAGAAGGGUGACGAACGGUUGAGCGAGCUCUUGACGUUGGUCAACAAGUUCAUCAUCCGCCGUACCAACGACAUCUUGUCCAAGUAUCUGCCAGUCAAGUACGAGCAUGUCGUCUUCUGCAAUAUGGCACCUUUCCAGAAGGAUCUAUACAACCAUUUCUUGCAGUCUCCCGACAUCAAGAGUCUAUUGAAGGGCAAAGGCAGUCAACCUCUCAAGGCCAUUGGCUUGCUCAAGAAACUGUGCAAUCAUCCCGAUCUGCUAAAUCUUCCGGAAGACUUGCCUGGUUGUGAAAACACAUUCCCUGCAGACUUUGUGCCCAAGGAUGCUCGUGGUCGUGACAGAGAUGUUAAGUCAUGGUACUCUGGUAAAAUGCAAGUGCUCGAUCGUAUGCUUGCUCGCAUCAGAACCGAGACCAACGACAAGAUUGUCUUGAUCUCGAACUACACUCAGACUCUCGAUGUCUUCGAGAAGCUCUGUCGUGCCAGAAAUUACGGCAGUCUGAGACUUGACGGUACUAUGACAGUCAACAAGCGUGCAAAGCUAGUAGACAAGUUCAACGACCCUGAAGGCAACGAAUUUGUCUUCCUCCUGUCUUCGAAGGCAGGUGGAUGUGGUCUCAACUUGAUUGGUGCCAACCGACUUGUGUUGUUCGAUCCUGAUUGGAACCCAGCAGCAGAUCAGCAAGCACUUGCGCGUGUCUGGCGUGACGGACAGAAGAAGGACUGCUUCGUUUACCGCUUCAUUGCCACUGGAACGAUCGAAGAGAAGAUCUUCCAGAGACAAUCUCACAAGCAGUCUUUGUCAUCAUGUGUCGUGGAUUCGGCAGAAGACGUGGAACGCCAUUUCUCGCUGGACAGUCUGCGUGAGCUCUUCCAAUACAGACCCGACACGACAAGUGACACACACGACACGAUCAAGUGUAAGCGAUGCAAGGAAGGCAGGCAGUUCAUCAAGGCGCCUGCAAUGCUUUACGGUGACACCAGCACAUGGAAUCACUUUACGAACGAAGGCGAGAACGGACCAAUGGGCAAGAUUCAAGAUCUACUGCUCAGGCAGGAGUGUUCAGAGGAUGCAGUCAGUGCUGUGUUCCAGUACAUCAGCCACUAG